CGUUUCCGUUUCUUUUAUCCGGUUUAUUCCGUCUAUCUUUAGCAACGCUCAUAUGGGCUUUGCACGUGUAGGGUAAAAGAGCAUGAGAAGUAUCGAACGAGAGUCCAAGGGCAUCGGCGCAGGCGUCGUUCGGUCCGGUUUGUGUAUUUGACUUACAUCACCUCUAGUCUGUCCAGACUGUCCUUGGAUGUGAUCAUUACGACCGUUCAAAGCAGAAAUUCGGGCCGUUAAAAAACAAACCGUAAUCUAUUAAAGUUGGUGUUGAAACCACAUCCAUCAAUUGAUAACCGUCUCUGCGACACUCGAGUAGCGGCAGUUGCAGCGCUCAGCCCGGUGGUGUGCGACUCCUAGCAUCUUUGCAAUCCUAUUUCGCCAUGACGGACAAAAAUCACCAACAAGCCAUGGAUCGUCUGGGACAGCGGACUUUCUUUCACAGCGAUUUCAAGGGCAGGAAUCACGACAACGUUUGCCCUUCCAUGGUCCGUGGCAUCGACUACAUCCGAGAUCCUCGUCUCAACAAAGGCAUGGCUUUCACUUUGGCCGAGAGGCAAGCGUUGGGCAUCCAUGGACUGAUUCCGCCCAGGUUCAAGACCCAGGAAGAACAGGUUGAACUUUGUUUGACUAACCUCAAGCGCUAUUCGGAGGAUCUCAACAAAUACAUUUACCUCAUGGGCUUGCAGGAUCGUAACGAGCGCUUGUUUUAUCGUAUUCUCUCCGAGAAUGUCGAGGACAUGAUGCCCAUCGUUUACACCCCGACGGUUGGUCUGGCCUGUCAGAAAUUCGGUGUCAUCUAUCGUCGCCCUCGCGGUCUAUUUAUCUCCAUUCACGAUAAGGGACACAUUUACAGCAUGUUGCGUAACUGGCCCGAAGAAGAUGUCCGCGCCAUUGUCGUCACUGACGGUGAGCGAAUUUUGGGACUUGGAGAUUUGGGAGCUUACGGUAUGGGCAUUCCGGUCGGUAAAUUGGCCCUUUACACCGCUCUGGCCGGAAUUAAACCGCACCAGUGUCUCCCAAUUGUCCUGGAUGUUGGCACCAAUACUCAGGAACUGCUGGAUGAUCCGCUCUACAUCGGAUUGAGACAGAAGAGAGUCACCGGCGAUGCUUACGACGAGUUGAUUGACGAGUUCAUGACAGCCGUUGUACACCGUUACGGCCAAAAUACUUUGAUCCAGUUUGAAGAUUUCGGCAACCACAACGCCUUCCGCUUCCUUGAAAAGUACCGCAACAAAUAUCUGACUUUCAACGACGAUAUUCAAGGCACUGCCUCGGUGGCUGUGGCUGGUUUGUUGGCUUCCCUUCGCCUAACCAAAACCAAAUUGGCAGAAAACACUUUCCUCUUCCAAGGAGCCGGAGAGGCUUCGAUUGGUAUCGCCCAGCUGAUCGUCAUGGCUCUGGAGAAAGAAGGAGUGCCGCACGAAGAAGCUUUGAAGAAGAUUUGGUUGGUCGACUCUAAGGGUCUGUUGGUCAAGGAUCGGCCAGAAGGUGGUAUCUCUGGUCACAAGAAGGAAUUCGCCCAAGACCAUCCACCUAUGAGACACUUGAGCGACGUUGUCAAGAAGAUUAAACCCUCGGUGCUGAUUGGAGCGGCCGCCAUCGGCGGAGCCUUCACUACCGAAAUCAUCAAAGAUAUGGCCUCAUUUAACGAUCGCCCAGUCAUCUUUGCUCUCAGCAACCCGACUAGCAAAGCCGAGUGCACGGCCGAAGACGCUUACAAAUAUACUGACGGAAAAGCUAUUUUUGCCAGCGGUUCUCCUUUCCUGCCUGUAACCUACAACGGCCAGACUUUCUACCCUGGUCAGGGUAAUAAUGCCUACAUUUUCCCCGGCGUGGCGCUGGCCGUCAUCACCACCGGCAUCCAUCACAUUAAGGACGAUAUCUUCCUCAUGGCUGCCGAGGCUCUUGCCAACCGAGUGUCUGAACAAGAUUUGGCAGAAGGCCGCCUCUACCCUCCUCUAGGAACAAUCCAGGAGUGCUCGAUAGCUAUUGCUGCCUACAUCGCUGAACAUGCGUACAAAAACGGACUAGCUUCAACUUAUCCGGAACCGGCCGACAAGGAAGCUUUCAUCAAAGCCCAGCUGUACGAUUUUACAUACGACGAUAAAUCAGCACUGCCAGACGUUUACGAAUGGCCCCAACUUAGCAAAUAUUGAAUCCAGCGGACGCUUGAAGAGACAUAAUUUCUUAAAAUAUCUUUAAUAGCUGUUUAAACAAAAUAUCAACAAGUCCGCGUGGAACCCGAGUAUCUUUGUAACCGAAUACUGCACCUUAGGAACGAAAUCAAAGUUUAGAAAAAAAACUCCGUUUUUGACGAAUGGAUCAAAUACUAAUAACACACAAGAGAUAUGACUUUCGAGAGUGGGAGGCUUUUAAUUGAUGUAUUACCUCUUUCCCCGGACGCACUGCAUAGUGACGCACGUUCAAUCAUUAUUUCCAAUAAAUGUUUCCUGGGUCAAAAGAACAAACAAAAA